AUGUCGCAUUUUCAUUCUGAAAAGCGAUACAGUGCAUUCGAUAUGAAGUUUGACGAAGUUCUUGAGAUAUUAGGACCGUUUGGUAAAUAUCAAAAAACCAGAUGUUUUCUACUCUGUUUGUUUGCCAUUGUAUCAGCAUGGCAUGCAUUAAAUAUGUUUGAUCUAGUAUGUGAUAGGAAAGCAUUGAAGAGUACGUCCAAGACCAUCUUUUUCUUUGGUCGACUAUGUGGUGCUGUGGCAUUUGGUCAGUUAUCAGACAGGUUUGGGAGACGACCUAUGUUUUUUAUUGGUACGGCGAUAUUGUUGAUAGCCGGUUCGGUUGCAGCGGCAUCUCAGAACAUUUACAUGUUUAUGCCAAUGUAUUUCCUUCAAGGUUUAGCUCAUACGGGAAUUUUCUUAGUCGCUUUCACUUUAUCCACGGAAUUGGUGGGGCCAAAGUAUAGAUUAUUGGUUGGUUUUAUGAUUCAAAUGUUUUAUUCUGUGGGUUAUAUUACACUAGCUGGUAUAGCCUAUUUAAUUGGUGAUUGGAGAUAUAUAGAACUAGCUAUAACAUUACCAGUUCUCUUAUUUAUAUCAUAUUGGUGGUUUUUACCGGAAUCUGUGCGUUGGUUAUUGACCCAGAAAAAGAAUGAAGAAGCUCAGAAAUAUUUGGAGAAAGCAGCUAAAACUAAUGGUGUUGUGCUACCCACAGAAUUUAUGGAAAGUUUACAGUCUGAAAAAAAUGAGGAACCUGACAGAAAAUAUACCUUUAUAGAUUUGGUUAGAACGUGGCCUAUGGCGAAAUUAUCUUUAAACGUUUGGUUGAAUUGGUUAGUGAACGCUCUAGUAUACUAUGGUUUAUCACUAAACACAGCAGAUUUAGCUGGUAGUCCGUAUCUAAACUUCUGUAUCUCUGGUGCUGUAGAAAUCCCAGCCUAUACAUUAUGUAUUAUAUUCUUGAAUAGAUUAGGACGUAAAAUACCAUUAGUAGUAACAAUGUGUAUAGGUGGAAUAGCAUGUAUAUUAUCUGGUACCAUUCCAAUAGACGAUAAUCCUGAUAUGGAAACUUUAUCUAUAGUUUUAGCUAUGAUAGGAAAAUUUUGUAUAACAGCCUCGUACGCCAUUAUAUAUUUAUUAGCUGCAGAAGUCUUUCCAACUGUUGUCAGAAAUAUCGGAAUGGGCGUGUCGUCUAUGUCAGCUCGUAUUGGGGGAAUAUUAGUGCCUACUAUGUUAGAAUUAAAGUCAGUAUGGGUACCUUUACCAUUGGUAGUGUUUGGAGGGCUAUCAAUUGGGGCUGGGUUACUAGCCUUAUUUUUACCUGAAACCACCGGUAGACCAUUACCACAAACUAUAGAAGAUGUUACGCAUCCGUCUAAUCCAAGAGAUAUAUUAAUAAAUGGUGAGGAUAUUGUCAAGAAAGAAUCCCAGGACACAAAGAUGUAA